AUGCAGACGCGGCCGACCACUCAAAUAGCGAGAAAAUCGACCCGAUGGCUCCGAGGUAGCCCCAGUUUUGGCUAUACACGACUCUUUGCUUCGGCAGUGCCUCCGACAGAACAGAAGAAACCAGAAGCCGUACCCCCAGAACUCGGCAGUACGCCAUCACGGCCAUGGAAAAGCUCUAGUACCCAAGCCGGAUCUGUCACACCUACAUCAACAAGCCCUUCGUCGCAAUUCUACGUCCCCUCGGUUGUCAUUCCAGCUGAAGCAGCAAAAUCUGGACCAGUACAUAAGAUUCAUAUCCUAGGCGAAGAUGUCAGAUCGAGAUUCAUCGCCCACGCUCUAUGUAGCGUUUAUGAUUCCGUUGAGACAGUGCCAUUCCGCGAAAUGCCCAAGUCAAGAUAUCGAAAUAUCGAAAAGGUUCAACCAGAACGAACAAGGAAGAGUGCAUAUGUCGAGAAGAAUGCAGCCACGCCCGAGAGCGAUGCUGUAGCUCAAUCUGACCGCUCGCAUAUCGAUGAGUUGAUAGUUACCGGCCGUGGCUUUGAGGCUGUUAAGGCGAUUGCUUCAAUCAAAGAUCGGAUCGACGAUAAAACAUCGAUUUGUCUUCUUAACGACGGCAUGGGAGUGCUUGAGCAAGUUCGCGAACAACUCUUCAACGGAACCCAACCUGAGCCCAACUUUUACUUGGGCCAUAUGUCCCAUGCGCUCGCUUUCAAUCGGAACAGGGAUUCUGUUAAGGAGUUGAGGAGUGGGCGAACAGUCUUCACCAAAGCCGAUCCGGUACUAACUGCGGAGAAAGAGCUCUACAUCCCUGUUGAGCAGCAGCCUAGUAUGAUGCAUUCGCUGAGAAGGGUCAAAGAGCUCAACACAACCUUUAGUAAUUACGAGCACUGGCUAAGGUUCAAACUACCCUCCGUUAUGUUCACGGCUGCUGUUGAGCCCGUCUGUGUGCUCCUUGACCUUUCAUACCAAGGUCUACUAGAAAAUGGAAAUGCUCAAAGGAUGAUGAACAAGCUUCUAGGGGAAAUGGCUAUAGUGACGGAGAACAUGCCCGAGGUCCAAAACUCGCCCGACCUCAUAAAGUUCCUCCGCGGAGAAGGCCUCAAAAAGUUCUGCUACCGUCGCAUCACAGGCAAGAGCAAAGCCCCCAGUGAUCUGCUGACACGCAUCAGCAAGGGUCUGCAAACAGAUAUUAACUAUCAGAAUGGAUACUUCUUGAAGCGGGCUAGGAUUCUCGGCAUAGACACACCAACAAAUCAACUGAUGGUCCAGAUGAUUAAGGCCCGACGCAUUGAACAAAAUAAAAAGUUAAGGUCUUUCAUACCCAUCCAGGAGGCAUCGCCAAACGAUGUUAGGAAGAAGUUUCAGCACAAGUUUAAAAAUGACUUUUUAUAG